AUGGCGCCAGCUGCAGCUUCCACGACUAAGAAAACAGCAACACUAAAGUUACUGGUUACGCGGUUAAAAGACGUCCAAGCUCAAUUUACGGACAGAUGGGAGUUCGUUGAAUCUUUCAGUGAAGAGAGGACCGCUAGUGAUGUGGCUGUACGUUUGGAGAAGAUUGAUGAACUGUGGGAGAAAUUUUGCGACACGUUAAUUGAAAUUAAGGCUCACGAUGACUACGUUUCGAAGGGGGAGACAUACGAUAAUGAAAGGCAGGAAUUUAGUGAGCAGUAUUAUAAGGCAAAGUCUUUUCUUAUGGACAGAGCCAAGGAAAGACAGGAUCCACCCGUUUUGGAGCAAACUAUUCGAGCUAAUGAUUCAGUGUCACAAAGCACAACUGAUCACGUGCGCUUACCGCAGAUUAAACUUCAAACCUUCAACGGAGACAUAGAUGAUUGGCUAGGUUUCCGCGACCUAUUCAUCCCCUCAUUCAUUGGAAGCCAGAUUUACCAGAGUGCUAACUACAAGGUUGCAUGGGAGAUGCUGUUAAGGCGAUACAACAACAGCAAGCAACUGAAAAAACGGCAAAUCCAAACGCUUUUCAAAUUGCCAACUUUAUCUAAAGAAUCGGUCGUGGAUUUACAUGCUUUGCUGGAGACUUUCCAACGUGUCGUUCAAACGCUUGACCAAAUUGUGCAACCGGGGGAUUAUAAGGAUUUACUUUUGGUUAACCUGCUCGCUUCGCGCCUAGAUCCGUUCACAAGGAGAGGAUGGAGAGAACACUCGGCUGCUUCAGAAACGGACUCACUAAAGGAGAUGACCGAUUUUCUUCAAAGGCGAAUUGAAAUUUUGGAAUCUCUACCUGCGAGGGUGGCUGACACUAGGAGUGGCCAGUCUUCUCAACCAACAGGCAAAUUUAAGUUGGUCGGGUCUAAAACCAGCUUCAACACAACACAAACUCAAGGUGCCCGUUGUGUCGCAUGCAAGGAAAAUCAUCCAUUGUACCAGUGCACAACAUUUCAAGGAUUGACCGUCGCGGAAAGGGAUUCUAUGCUACGGGCUCACUCGCUAUGUCGCAACUGUUUUAAACAAGGUCACCACGCGAAAGACUGUCAAUCAAAAUACUUUUGUCGAAAUUGUAAGGGAAGACAUCACACCCUGGUUUGUUUCCGGAGCGGAAAGGGACAUGAGGCUAAGGAGUCGGGGACUCAAGGUUCUAAUAUGUCCGGUCAGAGAGAAAUCUCAAAUCCUUCUCAUAUUACCUCUACCCCCUCUACACAAGUGGCAAAUCUGGCAAACUCCAGGGCAGUGGCGGCAGGUGCGGUUAAUUAUUCGUCCCAAGUUCUCCUGGCGACGGCGGUAAUUGUCAUUGAGGACGACAGUGGCAAUCGGAUACAAGCAAGAGCUCUACUCGACUCGGGGUCGGAGAGCAAUUUUAUACCAACGCGAUUAAACCAGCGGUUACAGGUUGUUCGAGAUAAGGUAGAUAUUUCCGUAUCAGGGAUCGGACAAGGAUCAACUAAGGUUAAGCAACGAAUUUGGGCAUUGGUGACAGCAAACCUACCAACAGUCACUGUGGACACUAUUGGCUGGCCGAUUCCACAAGGUAUUCAAUUAGCGGACCCGGCAUUUGGCGUUUCUAAAGGAAUUGAUAUCGUACUUGGAAUUGAGUCUUUCUUCGAGUUUUUUAGCACGGGCCGCCAAAUGGUUAUUAGUAAACAAUUACCAGUGCUACACGAAUCGGUUUUCGGAUGGGUGGUGUGUGGUGCGCAGUCGGUACCGGAAAACAGUAUGCAGAUUAGUUGCAACGUGUCAACUACAGAUCAUUUGGAGGAACUGGUGACUCGAUUUUGGGCGUGUGAAGAAAUUGAGUCGAACUGCAAUCUUUCACCAGAAGAAAAACGCUGUGAGGAUUUGUUUACCCAUUCCGUGAAGCGUGCAGCGGACGGCCGUUAUAUCGUUUCAUUACCUAAACAAGAAGAUAUCAUGUCGAAAUUAGGUGAUUCCAGGGGGAUUGCUUAUAGGCGUCUUUUGGGGACAGAACGCAGGUUGGCCAGGGAUGAGGAUCUACGGAAACUAUAUGGCUCGUUUAUGGAAGAAUAUCUUCGCCUAGGACACAUGCGAAAGGUCAACAACACAACCCAAAAGACGGUCAAGCGCUGCUACUUACCCCAUCAUCUGGUUAUCAAGGAGGCGAGCACUACCACUAAGGUUCGGGUGGUGUUCGAUGCGUCGUGUAAAACAUCGUCAGGUGUGUCACUGAACGAUGUGUUGCUCACGGGCCCGUCCAUUCAAGACGAUCUUAGGAUAAUUAUACUUCGCUGUCGAACCAAGCAAAUCAUGCUGGUAGCAGAUGUCGAAAAAAUGUUUCGACAAAUAAUUGUGCAUCAAGACGAAAGACCACUUCAAUCGAUUUUAUGGCGUCCAACCCCGGAGGAGGAGGUGGCUACUUACGAGCUGAAUACUGUGACCUACGGCACCAAACCGGCUCCAUUUCUGGCUACAAGAACGCUCAAACAGUUGGCAAUGGAUGAGGAGGAACACUAUCCACUCGCGGCAAGGGCAAUCGCAAUGGAUACAUACAUGGAUGACGUGCUAACGGGUUCGGACAAUGUAACAGAGGCAACCAACCUGAGAAUGCAGCUUGAAGCGUUAAUGGAAAGCGGCGGAUUUCAUUUAAGGAAAUGGGCAUCGAAUUCAGCAGAGGUGUUAGACGGAAUCCCGGAAGACAGUUUGGCAAUUCAAGACUCGCUAGGGAUUACAUUGGAUCCAGAUCCAGUCAUAAAGACUCUAGGGUUGAUAUGGCAGCCGGGGAAGGAUGUCUUCGGCUUUGGGUUCAAUAUUCCACCCUUAAGCGAUGUAACAACACUAUCAAGACGGCAAUUGUUUUCAAUUAUAGCGACACUUUUCGAUCCGCUUGGGCUGGUGGGAGCUACAAUUACGAUGGCGAAAUUGUUUAUGCAGCUGUCAUGGACCCUGAAGGAUAAGGAUGAACAGAGGCUCAAUUUGAUUUCGAGAGGAGUCUAUCCAGAGGAACUCAUCGAUAACAAUUUUCGGUGGCAUGGACCAAACUGGCUGCAGCAAGAUUCGAACGAAUGGCCAAAUUCCUUGGAACUAAGAGCGUGUGGUGAAAUCGAAGAGGAGAGGAAGCGUGGUGUGACUGCGCUAAUUACAUCGGUAGAAAACGAUUUAAACGAUUGGAUUAGAGGCAAGUUUUUACCUAAAUUCACUCCUAGCAACUAUACCGGUGGUGAAGAUGAUGAUGAUGAUGAUGAUGAUGAUGACGAUCACGGUGCGGAGAAACAUUCCGGUUUCGGUGUUCAGCCGACCACGCCCUAG